AUGUCUUUAGUCAUUUGGAUCGUGGUUUUCAAAAUCCUUAUACGCUUCUUCUACAUUUACGUUGACGACUCCUUUUCUUUCGAAGACAAGCGUUACAUGGAGUUUUAUGCUCCAUAUCAAAAAUCUCUGCCUUCAAACAUGGUCAAACUCCUAUGCCUCUGGGACGCGAUAGGAUUACCGCAUGAGGAGAGAAAGCAGGUAUAUGGGUUGGAGCUUCCUAUUAUUGGCUUCGAUGUCAACCCUAAUUUAAUGCAGGCUCGCAUGUCAGAUGAGUCUCGCACUCGCCUUAUCCAAGAACUCAUUGACUUUGCACAACGUGGUUCACGUCAUUCCCUGAAGGAUUUCCAGCAUUUAGCUGGUUGGCUUAAUUGGGCGCUAAAUGUCUACCCUUUGCUCCAACCUGGACUCUCAGCUCUUUAUGCCAAAACAGCUGGCAAAUUAGUGUUGAAAGCUCUUAUCUGGGUCAAUCGGGACGUCGUCAGAGAACUCGAGUGGGUGAUAGGACAUUUACGUUCGGCAGAAGGAGUUUUCUUCUUCAAGUCCAUUUCUUGGAGUUUUUCAAACCGACCGACUGAUGUUCUAAAGGUCUAUACUGAUGCAUCAGGAGUUGGUAUGGUGUAUUGGUUUCCUGACCUUAAUAUUGGUUUUCAAUCUCAUCUACCUGGAUCUGCACCCACCGGUACCAUCUUCUAUUAUGAAGCUUUAGCGGUUACGAGCACUCUGUUGGAUGCAGCAAAUCGUCUGGACCCAGAACACCGUGUUGCGGUGUUUACCGAUAAUUUGAAUACCGUAGCCAUGUUCAAUUCCUUGGCAGCUCUACCUCCCUACAAUUGGCUCCUCAUAGAGUCAGUUGACACAGUUUUGUCGACAAAAAUCGAUUUCCAUGUUUUCUUCAUGCUGGGAAUUCAUAACACUGUUGCUGAUCAUCUAUUACGAUGGAAAAAUGCUGAGGCUAUGAUCGUUUCACCGGGAUUAACCAUCUCACCCUUUGAACCCCCUCAGAAUACGCUGGGGGCAGCCAGAAAAUGA